AUGGACGAACCGAAUAGUUUCAGCGUUGUAUCUAUUAGAAGACUAAUUAAUGUUGAUAGCUUUGGCAAAGGAUCUAUUCGAGAACAAAAUAAAACUUAUCGUAUUACUGUCGAGCGAACCGGCAAGUUAUUAAUUGUACAACUUUUUCGUCAAAUACUUGCUUUCUAUGGUAUAGGUACUCUUAUUGAAAUGGUACAAUUUGCUCAAGAAGCAGAAGAACUAUCUACGUACAAAAUGAAUUCUGACGUAGUAUCCGACACAGAGGAAUGGUUUAAAAGAAAAAAAUCAUUGACCAGAAAAAAUAAUGAUAAACCAAAUCUUGAUGUAUAUCGAACAUAUAUAACAUCGAAUACUUGUUUAUUUGACGAACCAAAGAAAGCUGCUGGUAAAACCAUCGAUGGUCAUAUUUUUAAUUCGACUCUCAAUCGUAUACCUACUUCAAAAUCCAGGAAGCAUACCUCAUCAAGAGUAUCUCGACAAAUACCUGAAAAACGACUUCGAGUUAAUGAUGCUUCAUCACCAACUGUAAAUGAAGGGAAACUUGGAGUUGAUCAAUCAUCAUCUUCAUCAAUAAAUGCAAUGAAUUAUAAGUUGGGUCAACUUCGCAAACAAAUAGCUGAUCUUACUCGUUCAUAUGACCAACAUCAGAAAACGUUGAAUUUGGUUUUAAACAAUCAAAAUAAAAUAGCCAAAGCUAUGCGAAAUCACAAAAUUCCAAUUGUAUUAAUCGAUGAGACAGGACAUGGACCAUCAGCAUCUACUAUUGAUUCGAGCACUAUCACUUGCAAGUCCACUACUGGCGAACAAAUUGAACUGCUUCAAAUUCCAACAGACAGAAUGAAUUCAAAUAAAUUUGUAUUAAAAGCUGUAGAUCGAAUAUUCAAGGACGGAAAAGAACUUAUUGAUCUUGAUCCACGUUCCAUCGAUACAGAUGAUCGAAUUAAAACUAUUCGAGAUGCUGUCCAAGUAAAAUUUGGUUUAACAAAUGAUGAAUUGGCAACAGUUUGGAUGCCGAUGCUAGAAUGCAUCAAGUCUAAGCGAAGAAAUUCAAAAGCUAAACUACGAAAUACUACUACAUCAAAUGAAAAUAGUCUUCGCAUUAUAUAG